AUGGGAGGAGCCGCUCCGCAGAAAAGUGAGCAAAAAUCUCUUGAACUCCUCUUGCUCAAUGGCAGAGCGAGCUUUUUGGCUGUGGGACAAGUGCACCCCCUAGACAUAUACAAGCCACAAGCAGACACAUUCCUAGAUUCGUUGGGGCACAAACUGAAGCUAGAAAAGUGGGAGAAAGAUGAAGCGCCGUGUUUGGAAAGUGCUUUAAAUGUUUUGGAAAACGUGAAGAAUCACACUUUGUGGGCGACAUGGAUGUGGAAUGCCAAUACACUCCCUUUUGGCAAUUUGUACGGUUCCAGUAGACACUAUGGGAGUUACGACCAAUGUCUGAAGCCACCAUGGUUGCACACUCAUCCACAACUGAAGACCAAAUACUGUUUUGCGGAUUUCUUACUUUCCGAAAACAGUGAUGUCAAAAAACCUACGGUUUAUGAUCCUUUCGGAUCAACUUUAGACUAUGUAGACUCACAAACACCAUACUAUUUGCCCUUGAAUGUAAUAAAAUGGGGCAUAUGUAUCCCGGCGAUCUGCUCAUCUACAGCGGUCUCCAAACUGGCCAAAGUGAUGUAUGAAUCAGGUACCUUGACCACCAUAGCGUCUGACGUCACGGUGAAACACUGCCAGGAGGCUGGAGAAAGCCCGCCCUACUCUACUGGGUUUUAUAUGUUCAUUGCAUUAAUAUUGUCGCUGGUCACAACCGCUGUGGCUUCCACCUACUAUCGGAAGCAUGUUUCAUCUGAAGAGUCUCCAAACAGUUUAAAAACGAUCAUAACGGAAUCUUUCUGCAUGGUGAGGAAUCGAGAAGCUUUAGUAAAGGAUAAUAAGGACGAGAUUCGUGUGAUGAACGGCAUCAGAUUUCUGACUGCAAUCGGGAUCAUAGGUGCUCAUGUGGCAUUAUAUGUGACGCUAUCUGGUGCCAAUAACUUAACAUAUUUCGAAAAGUUUUUGGAUGGCAUCUUCGUGUCAGUUCUUAAUUUAGAAAUUAUUGUGGACACUUUCUUCAUGAUGUCUGGUCUACUUCAUAUGAAAGGUCUAAUGGGGAGCCGGCAGAACCUGUUCGGUGUACUAUGGAAACGAUAUAUAAGGUUGACAGGUCCUUUCGCCUUAAUUGUCUUCUACUUGAUAUUCGUGUCCAGGCACUUGAACUCCGGUCCAGGCUGGUAUGAAAUAGAUGAGACAGAAAUUUGCAAGAAGUACUGGCUAAGAAACUUGCUCAUGAUGAAUUCCAAUUUAAAAUACAGUUGUCAUGUCAUCACGUGGUACGUGUCCUGUGACUACCAUCUAGCGGUCCUAGCAACUAUUCUCUUUUACUUAUAUCAGAAGAAUAGAAGACUUGGCUUUGCUGUUUAUGCAGCUGUUUUUAUCCUGUCAAUGUUAAUUCCUGGAGUGUUGACGUACUGGUUUAAAUUACAAGGCGUGAUUUUAUUGGAUUUUGGCAAAUUUAUUACUAACUACCGGGACACUUGGCAUUUCAACUACCUCUACACGCCGUUCUACAGCCGCGGCAGUCCGUACAUCGUGGGUGUCGCUAUGGGAUACUUCAUGUCCAUCUAUAAACCUGCUGACUAUAGGAAAUCUGUAUCUAAAGCUUGGUCUAUAAUUGCCACGGCCUUGAGUGUAUGUGCCAUCAUAUAUACCUUCCUUAUGGUUUAUAUAACUGUUUGCCGAGAGUAUGACCCAUUGGAAGCUGCUAUGACAGCAGGCACGAGAAGGUUCCUUUGGGCUGCAGCCGUCUGCUGCAUUAUAGCGAUGUGUGAAUAUGGAACUGUUCCUCUGGUCUCCGAUAUGCUGAGUUGGUCCCCGUUCACACCUCUAAGUCGACUGUCCUACGGCAUUUAUUUGAUCCAUACCCUGGUGCUUCAGAGGUACCUCCUGUCACACCGAUCGACACAUUAUGUCGAUGUUUUUAGUGUAGUUUUCCAGGUAAUAGGAGCGUUGGGACUGUCAAUAGUACUAAGUUACGCAAUGUGGCUGUUUGUGGAGGCGCCACUGAUUAAUAUUACUAAUCAUAUCUUCCAUAAUAAAUCAAACAGCAUAGAAUCAGAUAAAAUUCAUGGUGAAAAUGGAGUUCGUCAUCGGAACGGAAUUCAUCAUCAGAAUAGAGUCCAUCGGCAGAAUGGACUUGCUAAAUACAAAGAGUCGUCAAAUGGGAUACAACCAGAUAGAGAACGAGGCGAGAAUGGAGUCCAACAUCAGAAUGGAUUUGCUAAAACCAAAGUUUUGUGAUAUUACCUAUAUCGCUAAGUUUUACACGAUACCAUAAAAAUAUUGAAUAUAAUGUAAUUUUGGGCUAUUGUACAUUUCGAAUUUUAUAAUAUUUCUAUGGUUGUUAGUUAAUUUAGAAUUGUUGUCUUCCUAGUAAGUUAAGUUAGUAUAAAAAUAAGUAGGUGUUUUUUAAACAACAUAAAAUGUAAACAAAUACCUUAAAAGUGGUUUAGUUGAUAAGCAGUUGAUGAGAUUGUAUUUUUAUGGAAAAAUAAAUAAUAAUGACGAUGAACUAUCAACUAAAUACACAUGCUGAUAUUUUGUUGUGACGUCAUCAGUCGUAAUUCAGUUAUUUAACCGGACAAAUCCCUGCAGUAGCCUAAGUUAAGCGGGGCACCGGCUCGAAGUGCAAG